AGACCGCAGCUUGUUUUGGCUGACCGACUUCCCUCUCAAAAACUUCCGAGGGCGGCAGAAAAAAAAAGUCGAGACCAUCCGCAGGUCAGGAAAUCGGACCCAACGCCCUCUGCCACGAACCCGGGGCUGACAACGCCGGAACCAUGGAUAUCCACCGGUGCCGCUUCGUCCGGUAUCCGGCCUCAGCCAUCAACGCGGUGGCCUUCACACACUCGUCGCUUCCGUCGGUUGGCGCGAAACAGAAGUAUCUCCAGAAAAACAUUCAAGUGCGGUUGGCGAUCGGCAGAGCCAAUGGCGACAUUGAGAUCUGGAAUCCGCUCCACGGUGCAUGGCACCAGGAGCUUGUCAUUCCCGGCGGCAAGGACCGAAGCGUUGACGGCCUAGUCUGGGUCACAGACCCGGACGAAGAGUUGGCCGACGGCAAGAUCAUCCACGGCAAGUCGCGCCUCUUCAGCAUUGGCUAUACGACUACGAUCACCGAGUGGGACCUGGAGAAGGCCAGGGCGAAGAAGCAUGCAAGCGGCCAGCACGGAGAGAUCUGGUGCCUCGGUGUCCAGCCCCUACCGAACAAGGGUCCCGUUGCACCCGGCAGUCGCAAACUCGUCGCCGGCACGGUGGAUGGCAACUUGGUGCUCUACUCGAUUGAGGACGGCGAUCUCAAGUUUGAGCGCACUCUCAUAAGGACUCCAUCCAAGACGACCAAGUUCGUCAGCAUCGCGUUCCAGUCCCAUAAUGUUGUCGUUGUCGGCUGCUCGAACAGUACGAUCUGCGCGUACGAUAUUAGGAACGGCACGCUCCUGAGACAGAUGACGCUCGGGACCGAUGUAUCUGGAGGGUCCAAAAACAUCAUUGUGUGGGCUGUCAAGUGUCUCCCCAACGGCGACAUUGUCUCUGGAGACUCGACUGGUCAAGUGUGUAUCUGGGACGGCAAGACGUACACGCAAGCGCAAAAGCUGCGAAGCCACUCACAAGACGUCCUGUGUCUGUCGGUCAGCGCGGAUGGUUCAAAGAUCGUGUCGGGUGGUAUGGACAGACGGACCGCAAUCUACGAGCCUGUUGCUAGACAAACCGGCCGCUGGUCAAAGGUGUUCCACCGGCGGUACCACCAGCACGAUGUCAAGGCAAUGGCCUCCUUUGAGGGCAGGGGAAUGAGUGUUGUGGUGUCCGGCGGCUCGGAUGCAAACCCGGUGGUCCUGCCCUUACGCGCCGCGGGCAAAGAGUAUCACAGAACGCUCCCGCAUCUUCCGCAGAACGUCCCGGUUCACAGCGCACCCAAAGCGCGGCUCGUCGUCAGCUGGUGGCUAAACGAGAUCCGGAUUUGGCAUCUUCUCAGCCCCGCACAGAAACUGCUCGAUGAGCCUCAAGCUGCUCUCAGCUUGCGCAAAAAUAGGAAAUUCCUUGCGCAGGUCCUGGUAAAAGGAGACUCUCACAUAGCAUCGGCUGCGAUCAGCGAAGACGGAACGCUCCUUGCCGCCUCAACUGCUACCGAUAUCAAGGUGUUCCAGCUCGAUCUCGCGACGGGCGAGCACACCGAGCAACUCCGGAUCAAGAAAGUAGACAUGCCAACUGGGGGCCACACCGGUACAAGGAUCCAGUUUUCGCCGGAUAAACGAUGGUUAUCUUGGGUCGAAGAAGGGAGCAAGGUGAUGGUUGCCAAGAUCCAUAUCACAGAAUCUGCAACCGCCAAAUCCUAUACGAUCUCGCGUCCAUACAGGCUGCAGAGGCUACGGCGCCAGACUUCGAAGAACCUGCUUCUCGGCGGUCUUGGGUCCUACGACCGGAACAUUGCCCAGAUGGCCUUCUCACCAGACAGCAGACUGCUCAGCGUUUCGGACUUGGCGGGUUACAUCGACACUUGGGUGUUACGCGUCCCUGGCGAGCAGAUAAAUGGCGCGGAUGCCGAGAACGACGAUGGAGCGACUAGCGACUCGUCCAGCGCAUCGUCGGACGAGGAAUCCGAAGAUACCCCGGGAGAGCAAUGGGUUCGCAAUCCGAAGGCGGCACUUCUGCCAAAGCUGUCUGCCGCACCUGUGGUGUUGUCAUUCUCGAGAGUCCCGCGAGAAGAUGGCGAUUACGACUUAUUAGUCAUCACCUCGUUGAAACAGCUCUUCAUCUUCAACCCUGUACGCGGAGUGCUCUCUGAGUGGUCACGGCGAAAUACAUACCCCAAGCUCCCAGAGAAGUUCAGGGACACACGGGAUCAAGUCAAGGGCGUUGUCUGGCAAGGCCCCAGGGCCUGGGUCUAUGGGGCCUCCUCACUGUUCAUGCUGGAUCUAUCCCAGGACUUCAGCCCGGAAACGGACACGCCUGAGGGAAGAGACGGGCAGAAACAAGGAACCAAGAGGAAACGUGACGGGCGUGAGGCCGGCGCUGGCGGGAAGAUGGAGAGACACUCCCUCGCUGCGCAGCGCGUUCGAACGGCUGUGGGGCCUGACGGAGGGAAGUGGGAGGACGUGGAGAUGGUCGACGCUGAAGACCAAAAGAGCAUCGGCGCAAGCAGCGGGGUUGACGACGAUGAUGACGAAGACGUGGAUGGCGGCGAGCUGCAAGGACUCCGAGACGGCCAAGGGGCCAAUGGCAACACGCAGGAUGCAGACAAGCAGGGGACAAAGGCGAAGUGGUGGCAUACAUAUCAGUUCCGUCCCAUAUUGGGCAUUGUGCCCAUCGAGGGCACGCAAGGAGCCAGCGGCUCGACCAACGGGAGUGUGACCGAGAGAUUCCCGCCUGUCGAGGUUGCUCUUGUCGAGCGGCCGCUGUCUGACGAUGACUUGCCGGAACGCUAUCUUGGGGAGGGCGAAUGGGAGAGAUAGGCCCUGGGCGCCGCAGCGGCAACUCCGAAGGUUUCUAGCGGUCAGCGAGCCGGCACGAAGUGUGGGAGUCGCGUAUGGCGGACCGGGUUGCUGACAUCAUCAUACAUGUGGAAUCCGGGAUGGCUCAUCGAUGGAGUCUAACCAUCCACGAGCGAGCUCUGGCUACGGAAGGGUCUGGACCAAAGCAUCGCCAAGAUUGAGGAGUUGACCUUGAGCAGAACAACGCACUAGCCAGCCAGCCAGCGAACUCAGUGCACGCCGCUCGGAGAGCAAACAUUCAGAUAGGCUAGAUAAAGCUCCAAAAGGCGUUAUCACCUGACGCAGUUGUAAUGUACAUCAUACAUACGUACAUCUUCUUUGGUCGAACGACUUGUCGGAUGUCCUC